AUGGGAGGCGAGAAUACAACUUAUCCUAUUAUCAUGGCUAUUGAUUGGGGUACGACCUAUUCUUCUAUGGCGUACGCAUACCAGCAAGACGGCGAAGUUCAUGAGAUCUCUACAUGGCCAAAACAAUCGCAUAAUUAUCCCAAGGUGCCAACAUGUAAUUUAUAUGGACCUGGUUCCAAAGAAAUCUUGGAAUGGGGCUACACUGCCAAGGCAGCCAUGACGAAACCACCCUAUAAACAUCAUAUUCUGCUCUCAAAAUAUAAACUGCAUCUGGAUGAAGCCUCAGGACCCCAUACACCUUUACCGAAUGGACUGACAGUCGUAGAUGUUAUUGCUGACUAUCUACGUUUAUUCCAUGCACAUGUUUUGCAGACGGUUCUGAGAGGUUUUGGUUCAGCAUUUGAGCAACAGCAUAUUCAGUAUUGUCUAUCAGUUCCAGCCAUGUGGACGGAUUAUGCCAAGGCGAUCAUGAGGCAGGCGGCAUUACAGGCAGGGAUGAUCACACCUCUGGACCCACCGCAUCGACUGCUUUUGAUUUCAGAGCCCGAGGCUGCGGCGCUCUACUGUGAAAAGAAAUGUGAUCAAUUUUCGAUUGGACAUGGAGAACGUUUUAUGAUCUGUGAUGCUGGAGGAGGUACCGUCGAUCUGAUUGUCUUUGAAGUGGCUGUAAGUCCCCAAGGUCGGACAUUGAGGGAAGUGACACGUGGAACUGGCCAUAGCUGUGGAUCCAUCUUUUUAGAUGAACGGAUGGAGGGCCUAUUACGACAGAAAUUCUCUAAAUGGGGUAAUGAUCGUCCGUUGACACCAGCAAAUUGGGUUCAAUUGAUGGACACCUUUAUCCAUAAUAUAAAGCCACAAUUCGAUGGAGUGGAUGAUCAAUAUCUGAGUAUGCCAGCAGUUCCAGGACGUGCCGAUUUGACAGAUUACGACAUUGGUCUUGAAGAUGGAGUGUUGACGAUCACAGCCGAGGAGAUGAGACGGGAGGUGUUUGAUCCGGUCGUGGAUGAUGUGUUGAGGCUGAUCCAACACCAGUUACAACAGACCCUUUUCAACUGUCAGGCCAUUUUCUUGGUGGGGGGAUUUGGAUGUUCAGGUUAUCUUUUGACAAGAGCACGAUCGGAAUUUUCAUCGAUGGUUCGAGUGAUCACAGUGCCUCCUCGUCCAGAAUUAGCAGUGGUCCGUGGAGCAGCUCUUGCAGGGAUCACCCCACGGGUUGUGCAGGCUCGUGUGGCUCGACGAUGGUAUGGCGUGGAUUCAUUGAUGGCUUUUGAAGUAGGAGUUGAUUUGCCUCAUAAACAAGUCCAGGACCAUGAGGGUCAGAUCCGAGCCAAGGAUCGGUUUUCGGUGUAUGUGGCGCCGGGGCAACAGAUUGGAGUAGAUGAAUGUAUCACGAAACGGUUUGUGACAUACCAAUACCCAAAGCCAAUCAGUUCACCGUUGUAUGCAAGCUCAUCAUUGACAAUGCCGCGGUAUGUGGAUGGUCCGAUGGUGGAGAAGAUUGGAGACUUUACGAUCCCGUUACCCCAUAUCCCCGGAGCCCAACCAGGUCAUAAGAUUAUGUUUGAAUUACGCAUGUAUUUUGGAGCGACGGAAAUUAGAGCAGAAGCAGAGGUCAAUGGUAUGGUUGUGAGUACCCGCUGUCAGUUCACUGGAUAA